CACUCUACUACCCAGUUCCACCUAACAGACAGGACAGGCUACACCAAGCAGCCAACUACAUACGGAGUACACUGCAAUGCGAUCUAUCUUUCGCCUCAAGCACAUCAAUUCUUCUCCAUUACGGUUAUGCAAAAGAGAGUUCUCUAAUAGCUCUCUGCUUUACAAAACAUUCCAAGAAGGAGAUGUCGUAAUCCUCCGCCAUAAGAGAGACGCCGCCAAUGAGGGGACCCUUGUCAGAUUGAAGAGUGGGAAUGUUCUUCAUACUCAUCGUGGUGCUGUCGAGCACGCAUCAAUUAUCGGCAAGAGUCCUCGACAAUUAGUGAACUCGUCCAAAGGCUAUCCUUUGCGCCUACACGACCCUACUUUAGCAGAGUAUGUCCGGUUGACUCCGCGCAUUGUUACUCCUAUAUACCCGCACGACGCCAACCUCAUAGUGUCCCUUCUCGACAUUCACGUAGACACUCCUUCUGGCUCUUCCCACGAUGCGCCUCUGGAGAUCCUAGAGGCCGGCACUGGACAUGGAGCCUUGACUCUUCAUCUGUCUCGUGCCGUGCAUGCUGCCAAUUCUGCAUCGCCAAAACCUCCGCCGUUUAUCACUUCCCGGGAGGAACCUGAGGCUCAAGAGUCCGAGGAUGACGUGCACCUGGGCGAAUCCAUAUCCGACCUCCAAGACGCAAACUUUGAAUCAUGGAAGGCAGGACGCCGAGCCAUUGUGCAUACUCUGGAUAUAUCCAGUAAGCACUCCAAGUUCGCACGCAAGAUUGUGAAAGGCUUCCGGCAGGGUAUGUAUGCCUGCAAUGUUGAUUUCCAUGUUGGUGAUGUCUCCGCAUGGAUCGACUCCCAGAAAUCAGCUAGAGGCGACCAGGGACCGUUUUUGUCGCAUGUCUUCCUAGAUCUACCAAAUGCCCACGACCACCUCGCCAGCGUAGCAACGGUACUGCAUGUGAAUGGGCUUCUGGCAGUCUUCAAUCCCAGCAUCACUCAGAUCCUUGAAUGCGUAGAGAUAAUUCGCAAGAAUAGGCUCCCAUACCUACUCGACCAAGUCAUCGAACUAGGGGCGGGUAACAUCCGCCAAUGGGACGUUCGAUCUGUGAAACCCCGAGCAACGUUGAAGAAACCAGGCCAAUCACCUAAGGAAAGCGAGGUCCAAUCGGGCCUGCGACCUUCGGAUGAUAGCUCUACAGAUGCCAUGGAGGGGCAGUCGACGAGAGACGAUGAGUUGGAUGAGGCGUUUGAAGAGCCUGGCGAAGAUUCACAGGUAAUUGUGUGUAGACCCAAGGUUGGAGAGAGAGUUGUUGGCGGUGGAUUUUUGGCUCUAUGGAAGCGCAUGGAGCCUCCGAGCCACGAUUCGUAUUCUCCAAGUUCCCAUGAAGAUUCGUCAUAAUACAAUUCAAUAUCGCGUUUGAUGCGCCGUUGUGGAUUGUAGAUGCCUAGACACCCCUCUCUAUGUAGUGAAGAGUAUGAACCUCAAAUAGUCUAGGCGUACUGUACAUGGUAUCGUCACUGUACUGUCAAUCCAAUCAUGGAUCUCUGGC